UGCAGGUGAGAGAACAGGCUCGACGAGCAGAUCAUAUUCUCGAGUGUGACCGUGUAGGUCACUCACAAAUAAGUUUAUUUUUCGCCAUUUAAACUCUCGAAGCAGAGUGUCUGAGUUUCGUAUGGAGCUUUGUCAAAUCUAAGUAAAGGUAUUAAUUCAUAAGAAGACGAUUGACACCGAAGGCUUUCGUGAAGAAGUAAGUGUUGAUCAAGAGUCGCUAGUGGAGAUCAGAUUCUUUCACCAUGGAAGACAAACCUAGUGAUGAUGACUUUUCUCCAAGAUGCAGUUCAAUUCAUCAGAAGAGAUCAGAACCAGUGCCCAGCAGCGUGUCUAUGAAGAGUGACGUGUCUAUGGGUCAUCUAAUAAAUUUUAAGAGUGACAACACAACGCAUAGUCAAAAGUCAAUCCUGCCACACAGAUCAAAUGUAACAAAAAAUGUCUGCAAGAACUACGACCAGUCUAUGAUUCAACCACAGGAUUUUAAUGAAAGCAUGUAUCUUGGUAUCAGAUAUGAAGUCCUCAACAUGUUUAAAUUCAGUUUGAUGAAGAAAUUUGAGUGUCUGUAUGAGGGAACAGCUACACAUGGAAACCCAACACUACUGAAUAGGAUUUACACAGGGCUCUACAUGACAGAGAUUGAGAGUGGAGAGAUUACUAAUGAGCAUGAGGUGAGAGAGAUUGAGACACAGUCCAGGAGAGCAGCAAUAGCGGAUACAGCCAUUAAAUGCAAUGACAUCUUUAGAUCUUUACCUAGACAAGAUAAAGCCAUCAGAACUGCGCUGACAAAGGGUGUCGCUGGCAUUGGAAAAACAGUAUCUGUGCAAAAGUUCAUCCUGGACUGGGCUGAAGGGAAAGAGAAUCAGGACAUCCAGCUUAUAUUUCCACUUCCUUUCAGAGAAAUCAAUUUGUUGAAGGACAAAACACUCAGUCUUUCUGAUCUUCUAUGUGUCUUUUUCCCUGAAAUGAAAGAAAUGAAAAUGCCAAUUAAUGAGUGUAAAGUAUUGUUCAUUUUCGAUGGUCUGGAUGAGUGUCGUCUGUCUUUGGAAUACCAGAGUGAUGUGAGGUUGUAUGAUGUAAAUGAAUCAGCCUCAGUUGACAUGCUGCUGACGAACCUCAUUGUGGGUAAUCUUCUUCCUUCUGCUCUCAUCUGGAUCACCUCCAGACCAGCAGCAGCUGAUCUCGUCCCCUCUGAGUGCGUCCAUCGAGUGACAGAGUUACGAGGCUUCAAUGAGCCACAGAAGCAGGAAUACUUCAAGAAGAGAAUCAGUGAUCAGGGUCUGGCCGACAGGAUCAUCUCACACCUGAAGUCAACGAGGAGCCUCUACAUCAUGUGCCACAUCCCAGUGUUUUGCUGGAUCUCAGCCACUGUUCUUGAGAAGAUCUUGAGUCAAGCAGAAAGUGGAGAGAUUCCCAAGACUAUCACUGAAAUGUACUCACACUUCCUUAUUUUUCAGACCAACAUCAAACAUGAGAAGGACUAUGAGAAGAACAUGACCAGUGAAGACAUGAUCCUCAAACUGGGGAAAGUCGCUUUCCAGCAGCUUGUGAAAGGCAAUGUGAUCUUCUAUGAGGAAGACCUGAGAGAGUGUGGCAUUGAUGUGACAGAAGCAUCAGUGUACUCAGGAUUGUGCACUCAGAUCUUCAGAGAGGAGAUGGGCUUAUAUCAGGCAAACGUCUUCUGCUUUGUUCAUCUGAGCAUUCAGGAACAUCUAGCAGCUCUAUAUGUGCAUCUCUCCUGUACAAAUAACAGCAUAAAUGUGUUUGACCAAAUACAUCAACAAAGACCACUAUCUGAAGUGUUUAAUUGGUUUGAGAAUGAUUCAUUAUCUAACCUGCAUCAGAGAGCUGUGGAUGAAGCUGUACAGAGUAAAAAUGGACAUCUGGAUCUUUUCCUGCGGUUCCUUCUGGGGUUGUCAUUGGAGUCUCAUCAGAUUCUCCUACAACGAAUAAUAACACUGAAAAGAAGCAGUUCUGAAAGCAAUAAGAAAACAGCUGAGUACAUCAAGAAGAAACUAAGAACUAUUGACUCUUCAGAGAAAUCCAUUAAUCUUUUCCACUGUCUGAAUGAACUGGGUGACUGUUCACUAAUGGAGGAAAUACAACAUUAUCUGAAAUCUGGAAGAAUAAAGGAAACUAAACUGUUUUCAUCCCAGUGGUCAGCUGUUGUUUUUGUGUUGUUGACAUCAGAAGAUAAGCUGGAUACAUUUGAUUUUAAUACAUUUAUUGGAGAAAACAGUAAAACUGAAAGACUGGAAGUUUUUCUAAAGAUGCUGCCUGUGAUUAAAGAAUCCAGAUCAGUUCAGUUGUGGGAUUGUGAUCUCACAAAUGAAGACUGUGCUGCUCUGGCUUCAGCUCUGAGAUCAAACCCCUCACACCUAAGACAACUGGAUCUGUCUUGGAAUAAAACACUAAAUUCAGUGAAUAUGCUCUUUACUGUACUGGGGGAUAUUCACUGUAAACUGGAGAUACUGAGGUUGAGAUAUUGUGGAGUUACAGAUGAGGGUUUUGCUGCUCUGGCUUCAGCUCUGAGAUCAAACCCCUCACACCUGAGAGAUCUGGAUCUGUCACUGAAUAAAAUAGGAUAUUCAAUAAAGCUGCUUUCUGGUGUACUGGAGGAUCCUCACUGUAAACUGGAGAAACUAUGGUUGUGGGAUUGUGGUGUCACAGAUGAAGGUUGUGCUGCUCUGGCUUCAGCUCUGAGAUCAAACCCAUCACAUCUGAGAGAUCUGGAUCUUUCUGAGAAUAAAAUAGGAAAUUCAGUGAAGCUGCUCGCUGCUGUACUGGAGGAUCCUCACUGUAAACUGAAGAAACUAAGGUUGAGACAUUGUGGUCUCACAGAUGAAGGUUGUGCUGCCUUGGCUUCAGCUUUGAAAUCAAACCCCUCACACCUGAGAGAACUCGAUCUGUCAGUGAAUAAAAUAGGAAAUUCUGUGAAUCAGCUCUCUGUUGUACUGGAGGAUCCUCACUGUAAACUUGAGAUUCUGAGGUUGAGUUACUGUGGUCUUACAGGUGAAGGUUGUGCUCCUCUGGUCUCAGCUCUGAGAUCAAACCCCUCACACCUGAGGCAACUGCAUUUGUCCAAGAAUAAAAUAGGAAAUUCAGUCAAUAUGCUCUCAGCUGUACUGGAGGAUCCUCACUGUAAACUGGAGGAACUGUGGUUAUAUUCUUGUGGUGUCACAGAUGAAAGUUGUGCUGCUCUGGCUUCAGCUCUGAAAUCAAACCCCUCACACCUAAGAGAUCUUAAUCUGUCUGGGAAUAAACUAGGAAAAUCAGUGGAGUUACUGAAAGAUGAUCUACAUUAUAUCUGAGGCAUUCUGUUAUUGCAGGCAGAUACAACUAAACCACACGAAAAUAAAGACGAGAUCGGACCAACUGAACUGAAAACACAGGACUUAAGUACACAGGGUAAAUUAACAAGACGCAGCUGAAGACAAUGAUAUAAUUAACACGGAGGGAAGGCAGGGCACAGGGAGCACAUGGCACAAGACAAAAACAAUAACAAAGUCCGAAGACGUGACAGUAUGACACCUGUCCAAACCAAGUUUCUUAACGGAAAACUGAACUGAACUAAUAUAUGGAUGUACUAAUAUCUCUGGCUGUAAUUUUGUUUAGAUAUCAGCCCAGUUUCUUCGGGAUCAGCUGACGAUGAAUAAAGAGCUGCAACAGAGUUUCUAUCCAGUUUUGAUAAAGAAUGUAAACUUUGGUGUCUGACAUUUGCUGUAUGUAGUCCGUUUCUGGCCUUUUGCUGAUAAAAUGGUGUGCAUAAUGAUGUCACUGCUAAAAUGUAUUUUCACAUAAUGUGUUUUCACAUUGUGACAUUUUGUUGUAUCGCAAAAGAAAAAAAAUGCCCUUGAGAUGUUUUCAUAAAUAAUUUAAUGUUUUCUGCUAAUUAUAUAAGCUAGUAGCCUCUCUGUUUCUCAUCCAUUUAAAACAAAACUUUAAUAUAUAAGGCAUUAUUAAGUUAUAUACAUAAAAUUGUUAUGCUGUUGUUGUUUUUUUGUACUUAGUUUUUUUUACAUAGAAUAUUUAAUGCAAUGGCACUUAAAAAAUGCCACUUAAACUACACCAGUGACUAUAAAUGUAAGACAUAUAACUCCUAUUAAUUAGUCAUUGUCUUCUUAAGUGAACCAAUAGGCAUAUGUAAGAAGAUCACAAAUACUAAUAUUUUAAACUUGACUGUCGUGUUCACUUUGUGAUUUUCGUAGUGUUCCUGUCCCCUUGCAUUAAACGGACUAAAAAUAUUUGCUUGUGCUCAGAUGAAAUAAGUCAUCUGAGAGAACAAAAAACUUUUACAAUGUGAUGAAGUUACUAAUUCCAAACAGGAUGCAAUAAUGGGUUGAAUUAAUGAGGAGAGUCACAGAAUUAAAAAUUUUUGAAAGGCUA